AUGAAGAAGCAUUUAAAUAUAUUUAGAGUAGAAUACGAAAAUUUUGACGCCAAACUUAAAUUGGAAUUUUGUUCGUCUCCGUUUUGUUCUUCACGAAGUGUGGCCGUCGUCCAUGAUAAUUCAAGUCUGCCACCUUCUACAUUUCUGAAUGCUUUUGCCACAGAUUUUUUUCACACUUUGAACGCCAAGUCCAGGGACUCGCAGACUACUCGGUUGAAAGCAUAUCAAAAGAGGAUUUCAAAAGCACCUGAAUAG